AAAAAAAAAGAAACUUUGGGAAAAAAUGGGAAAAGUAAGAGACGUAAAGACUUUACUCGUGUGUCCGUUGGAGAGAUAAGAAAACACAGCACUGGGGCUGCGUGGUUUUCUCUGCCGGACGCGUUUUUUAAAACUGACAAUGUUGUCGAAGAAGGGAAUAAUAACGCACAUUUCCUCGCAUUUCCAUUGAAAGCGACUUCACUCAUGGAGAAAGGAGCAAGUCGGGAGUCAUGAGCACAGGUGUGAAGAAGCCUCCAUUAGCUCCCAAACCUAAACUUCCUGCUACCACUAAACCCUCACCCCCGCCCAUCGCCCCCAAACCGGGGAUUCUCACGCAGUCCUCGGUCGUCUCUCAACCGUCUCCCGCCACGCUCAAGAGGGCGAAACCUGCUCUCGCCCCAAAACCGUGUAUCCCCAAAUCCACAGCCACUUCUCCGCCUGUUUCCCCACCGCCACCCAAACCCGGCGGAGCCCUUAUCAUCUCUCAGGAACAGCAGGAAGCUUUGGACAAUAGCCUCUCACUUCUCAACUCCAAAAAUGGGAUUUUAUCAGAGUCCAGCAAGCGGGAGUCGGACUACAUCAUCCCCACCUGCUCCUGCGGGCUCCACGACUGCUCCCAGUGCCGGUGUCUGGAUAACGGAAACGGCGUAACGGAGGUCAGCGAUGAUUUCCACAAAGAGCGGCUGCAGAAUGGGAUUUCUACCGACGGGCCGCAGGAGAAAGCGGCGACGGAAGGAGAGGUAGCUGUGGUGGAGAACGGUGAGGCUGGAGGAGGGAUUUGCAAAAAGACCAGAGACAAACCUCAAAGACAGAGACUUUUGGACAAGGACCCGGUCAACAAAGAGGUGCAGGAGCAGGAGAAAGAUCCAGAUGCUGUGAAACAUCAGGAAAGUGCGGACGUUGUUCUCUCAAAGGUGGAUUUACAAACUGAGGACAGAAAUGCAGAUUUAACAGACUCUCAGGCAGCCUGCGAUGUCGCAGGCAGCACCAUUGUCUUCUCAAGUGUCACACCGCACGAUGUUUGUGCAGAUUCUUUACAGGUGGAGAACAAUGAGCCUGUCAGCCGAGCCUCCCCCACCAGGCCACACCCUGAACUGCAGGUUCCUGCUGCUCCCAGUAAACCUCUACCCGUCCCUCAGCCUCGCAGGCAUAAAAGAGCGGCGCUGGUGAGGCAGGACGGCGUGGAGGGCGGAGUCCAGGAUCCUGUGGCGGAGGAACAGAAGCAGGGGCUUGAAACCGAGAGGGAAGUGAGUCAAGCUGGUCUGUCUCACAGUGCAAUGGGUGAGGAGGACACGCAGGAAGCAAGCGAUCACACUUUACCCCCAAAAGACUCAGGUAUAGAAGCCGGUGAGAUGGACGCACCCGUCCCACCGCCUCGACAAACCUCCCUGUCCCCUCGUCUCCACAGAACAGCCCACACUCUCCCCACUCUGAACAAAAACACCUCCCACUCUUUAGUCCUGCUCUCACAUUCUGACUCCAUGAGCCACAAAACAGAGGGCGAGGAUCAGGGGGCGAAGGAGGGCGGUGACGAUGAUGAGGAGGACGGGUACGGCGACUUUGAGCGGUACCCAAUCACUCACAGCCUCCCCAAACAGAUCAAGCUCGGCUGCCACGCCAGGAAAGCCUUCUCCGCCGAGGACCCGCCUCUGCCGAGGGCGCCGCCCAGAAAGCCUCAACGUCACAGCAUGCCAGCGAUGCCUCCGCCGUCCAUGUGCCCGCCCGCACCUCCACACGCUAACACGCCCAUGAGGGAACUGCCCGCGCCUCCACAGGAGAAGACAACCUGGCGUUUCUCACGUCCGUGCGUGACUUUCUUCAGCCGGCAGAUGCCCACCAGGAGCAGCAUGCCGCCUAAGAGCCGAGCUCCGGCGCUGGGCGGGAAGCAGAGGGCGCAGUCCUUCUCCGCAGCCGACCUGGCAACCCGGGCCAACCCCCAAAAACGGAGCCUCUCCUUCCGGAAGCUGCUGGAGCUCAGGAUGUCUGUGAAGAUGCUGCCGAAGCUGCUGGCCAAAGGAGGGCAGUCGGUGGACUGUACCACCGCGGAGUCAAAGCGGGGGGAGCGGAGCCUGGAGCGGCCCAGCAGCUGCAUUUUGGAGGCCGACAUCUGUGGAGACGACGGUGACGGAUCAGUGGAGUAUGAGAACGUUCCCCUGUACGAGGAGAUUCCGGAAUAUAUGAACCUGCCGUUCCACAGCGGCAGACUCGGGUGGCCGCACGACCCCGACGCUGCCGACUCGGAUAUUUACGAGGUCCAGGAUCCUUAUCAUCGAUGCCUCGACCACGAAUACGAGAGCGAUUGGCUGAGGCAGGACAUCCACUCUGAGGAGGAGAUCCACACCUCAGACGAAGAGGACGACAGCUCCACCUCCAGCAAGGAGCACCUGGACGAGGCGGACAGACAGGAUCCAGUGAUCAUGGUGAUUUGCAGUGAAUCUCAGGAGGACGAGAUGAAGAGGAAGAAGGUGGUGCACAUCGCCCAGGAGAUUAUGAGCUCGGAGAAAGUAUUUGUGGACGUCCUGAAGCUUCUACACAUAGACUUUAGGGAUGCUGUCGCCAAGGCAACGCGUCAGAAUGGGAAGCCGGUGGUGGACGAGCGGAUCCUCAGUCAGAUCCUGUACUACCUUCCACAACUGUACCAGCUCAACAGAGACCUGCAGAGGGAGCUGGAGGAGAGGGUGGCACACUGGAGCGAUCACCAGAGGCUGUCGGACAUUUUUGUCCAGAAGGGCCCGUACCUGAAGAUGUACUCCACCUACAUCCGUCAGUUCGACAACAACGUGGCUCUGCUGGACGAGCAGUGCAGGAAGAACCCGGCGUUCGCCGCCGUGGUCCGAGAGUUCGAGAUGAGUCCGAGGUGUGCGAGUCUGGCUCUGAAACACUACCUGUUAAAACCAGUGCAGAGGAUUCCUCAGUACCAGCUGCUGCUCACAGAUUAUUUGAAGAACCUGCCGGAAGAUUCAGAAGAUUAUAAAGACACACAAGCCGCGCUCAGCAUCGUGAAGGAAGUGGCCAACCACGCCAACGACAUCAUGAAGCAAGGGGAUAACUUUCAGAAGCUGAUGCAGAUUCAGUACAGCCUCAACGGUCACCACGAGAUCGUCCAGCCGGGCAGAGUGUUUCUGAAGGAAGGCACGCUGAUGAAACUGUCCAGGAAAGUCAUGCAGCCGCGGAUGUUUUUCCUGUUUAACGACGCUCUCAUGUACACCACUCCGGUCCAGUCGGCUCAGUAUAAACUCAACAGCGUCCUCUCUCUGGCCGGGAUGAAGGUGAGUAAGCCGAGUCAGGAGGCCUAUCAGAACGAGCUGAACAUCGAAAGCGUCGAGCGCUCCUUCAUCCUGUCUGCCAGCUCGGCCACAGAGAGAGACGAGUGGCUGGAGGCCAUCGCCAAGGCCAUAGACGACUACACGAAGAAGAAAAUCACCUUCAUAUCAAGUCGGAGUCAAGAGGAGGCCGAGACCGUCUUCGACAGCGGGGCCCCGCUGGGCUCCAAGGCUCCCAUCUGGAUCCCGGACCUGAGAGCCACCAUGUGCAUGAUCUGCACCUGUGAAUUCACCCUCACCUGGAGGAGGCAUCACUGUCGCGCCUGCGGGAAGGUGGUGUGUCAGGCCUGCUCUGCUAAUAAGUACUACCUGGAGUACUUGAAGAACCAGCCUGCACGUGUGUGUGAUCACUGCUUCGCCAAGCUACAAGAGAACAGCGACCGCUGUGCCUCGACGUCAACGUCACCGAUCAAACCCGGAGCUUUUUCCUUCACGAGGAAACAGAAGAAGAUUCCUGCUGCGCUAAAAGAGGUUUCUGCAAACACGGAGAACUCGUCCAUGAGCGGCUACUUGAACAGGUCAAAGGGCAACAAGAAGCAGUGGAAGAGGCUGUGGUUCGUCAUAAAGAAUAAAGUCCUGUACACGUACGCUGCCAGCGAGGACGUCGCGGCGCUGGAGAGUCAACCCCUGCUGGGUUUCUUCCUGCGGGAGGAGAAGAACGGGCCGGCUCAGAAGCUGCAGUUCAAGCUGUACCACAAGAACACGCUGUUUUACAUCUUCAAAGCUGACGACAUCCCCACUGCACAGAGGUGGAUCGAGGCCUUUCAGGAGGCCAUGAUUCUGGAACAGUAAGCGGUGAGGUCACGCGUCGCCGCGUCAGAGCCAGUAGACUACAUUUGCCCCCUCCCCCCCAGCGUUGAUCUCAGGUCAAGGGUCACGAGCUCAGGAAGUUGAACUCCGGCUGCAUGAACUAGAGAAAAAAAAAACAGGCCGCUGCAGAGCGCCACCAACUGUGCGGAGAGCAAACUGCUGUCGUGCCCCCAACUGGAUUCUUGUUUCUCCACCGACAGCAGUCGUGAGUUACAGCUGCGGGUCAAAGGUCAAGUCCGGAAGCAUGUGUGUGGAAGUGAGACCAUACUGUUUCAAGUUUUGGUUUUGAAGUCCUGGGAUAAUCUGAGGGAUUAUGAAGUCUCGGGAUGUUGGUUUUUUUUUUGUUGUUUUUUUUUUAACGGAUGAAGGAAGAAAAAAAAGAAAGAAGAGAAAAUGAAACUCCGCCUUCAUUCAAACACGUUCAAACACGUGGUUACAUUUCCUUUUUAAGCAAAGUUAAAGGGAUAGUUCAUGUUUUUUUGGGUUGUAAGCACUGUACGUGAUUAAAUUAGCCUUUGUGAUAUUUUAGAGGAAAACCUGGUUCCCAGCGGAAUGGCACAGGAUUCUGUAAAACCCAUCGAUUCAUGCAAUUAAGAGCAGAUUUUAACCACUGAACUUUAUAAAAUCUGUUUAAAGAAUAUGUUCACCGUUUUAUUUCACCGUUAAACUGACUUUUCUGACUAGAAAACUGAAGUUUGUAAACUCGUAAAUCUCCCGCACCAAACUCCAUGGAGAA